AUGAGUGACAGCUGGACGGUCAACACACCUGCGGCUGGAAGUGGUUUUCUGUCCGCCGCGGCGUCCCGAAGGGACAGCGCCAUGAGCCGGGCGGAGAGAGGUGAGGUGACCCUGUCUCAGAUGAUCGCAGCCUUUGAGGCGGAGUGUGUGAAGGAGGCCCAGGUCAGGGGUGUGACUCUGCCGUCCGAUUGGUCAGUCAGAGGCCUGCUGGAGGAGCUCAGGGAGGCGAUGAUGGACGUCCAACCAGCCGUGCUGAAGGCAGCCGCCGGUCUGCGUCACCGUGGGUUACUGACGGCCGUGCUGGCCAAUCACUGGCUAGAUGACAGCGCGGCUGGAGACGGUCCAGCCCGCCUUCUGUCUCUGCUGGGCGGCCAUUUUGACCAGGUCCUCCAGUCCUGCCGCUCGGGUCACAGGGUCCCCGAGUCCUCCGCGUUCAGCUCUGCUCUGCGGCACCUGGGAGUGACAUCGCAGCAGGCUCUGUGGUUGGACGCAGAUGAGGAAGGUGUGAAGGCAGCAGAGGGAGCGGGGAUGAAGGCCGUCUUGGUGGAAAAUCUGGCCGACGCUCUGGACAAACUGGCCGACUUCACUGGAGUUCAGGCUGCUGGAGCAGAGAGUCCUCCGCCCUCCUGCAGCCCAGAUGAAGUGUCUCAUGGUUACGUCACCAUCGGGCCUGGUGUGAGGACUCAUUAUGUUGAAAUGGGCUCAGGUCCACCAGUUCUGCUGUGUCACGGCUUCCCUGAGAGCUGGUACUCCUGGAGGUACCAGAUCCCGGCCGUGGCAGCAGCAGGGUUCAGGGUGUUGGCUCUGGACAUGAAGGGGUACGGAGAGUCCACAGCGCCCCCAGGUGUGUGUGGGUCAAAGGUCAACACUAAAUCGCUCUUUUUAACGUGGAACCAAAAAAUCCUGCUCCUCCAAAGUGUCCACCUGUGUGUGUUGCAGGGCGCGGCGGAGGCCGAGCUGGAGAAAGACUUGGAGAGGACCUUUAAGAUUUUCUUUUUCAGCAGCGGUGAAGCGGCGAAGCGUCCUGCCGUCAGCACCGCAGGAGUCUGCGCUCGAGGUGGUCUGUUUGUGGGUCUGCCGGAGCAGAUUCCCCGGAGCUCCGUGCUGACGGAGGCCGACCUGCAGUACUACGUCAGCCAGUACAGAGAGCGAGGCUUCAGGAGACCGUUGAACUGGUAUCGUAACGGGGAGGCGAACUGGAGGUGGAUGUGUUCUCGUCCCACUGCAAAGCUGCUGAUGCCUGCUCUGAUGGUGACGGCAGGUAAAGACCAGGUUCUGCUGCCGGCCUUCUCCAAAGGGAUGGAGGACUUGAUCCCGAACCUGAGCAGAGGACACAUCGAGGAGUGUGGACACUGGACUCAGAUGGAAAGGCCAGCGGAGACAAACAGCAUCCUGAUAUCAUGGCUUAGAGAGACGCACAAGAAGGCUGGAGGCGUUAAAGUGGCCCCCAAACUGUGAGGGGGGGGAGGAGGGAGGGAGGGAGGAAGAG